AUGUCAAGAUGUUCAUUUAUGCUUGCGUUGACUGUUCUGAACAUGUUGAUGAUUGGGCCAUCGUUCGGAAACACUAUCCAGCUCGGGAUGAUUGUGAGUGAUGAGAACAAGGACAGGUUCCAACCAGCUAUUGAAACUGGUUACACCAGAGUGUUCUGGUAUAUCGUGAACACCUGCGAUGGCAUAAGCGGAUCGAGAACGGCACUGGAUCUUGUUCUGAACAAGUCGGCGGAUGCGCUCUUUGGAUCAUUCUGCUCCAGCAACUGCAUAGCCAGCGCACAAAUCGCUGACUACUGGGACCUCCCUUACUUCCCUCUCGAUUGUUUCGACUCAACGCUGGACAGUUCUUCUCUCUACAAAACGGUCAUCAGAAUUUUCGGCUCACUUUCUUCUUACGGAGCAUCAGUUUCAGCGUUCUUCAGACGAAACAAAUGGAAAAGUUGCGCUAUCGUUAAAGAAAUUAGGAAGGAUUUCUGCCAGUUUGCAGUUGAAGCGAUAAAGGCAAAAUUUCUCGGAGACAAUGAAAGAGAGAAAAGCACAACACAACUACAUAGAAACACUGUGACACAACAAAACAACCACAAGACUCCCUACAAUAACGAAAAUUCAGUAAUUGUGAUCUGCCACACGAACGCAAGUGCUAUGGCGGCGCUAAUAUACGCGGCAUACCUGCGUGGCAUGACCAGACCUAAUGAAUACGCCUGGAUCACCCUCUACAACAUCUACUCCAAUUUCAGCUUCAACACGCUGUUCGUUCCUUGGAUGGUUGUUAACGACACCAAAAAGAGCAUUGAAUUGAAAGAAGCUUUCUUAUCCGUUAAAGCUAUGGGUCUUGAGAUCAAUGAAAGUUAUGUCAGCAAUAUAAGACCAUUGUCAUCGACCAUCACCUACAAGAAUUUCAGCCGACUGCCUGACCCUGACUCUGAUCCAAACGAUACAGGACACGUCACCUCCAGGACGCUACUCAUGUCAUUCCUGACGGAUGCUGUUUAUUUGUACUUCAUACUGAGGAGCAAGACAGCCGCGCAUAAUUUGAAUGAGAAAAGUGGAAGGAUCAUUCUCAACAUGAGUCGUAACGCUAACUACAAUGGCGGUGUCACAGAGAACAUCACAAUGAGCUCUGAUGCGGACAGGUACAUGACAUUCAUCGUCUGGUCCUUGUCUCCAGAUUCAUCAACAUUCAGACCCUACCUCAACAUCAACUUCACAAACGACAGCUAUAGGCCGUUUCUGGUGGACGUGGAGAGGUGGGGCUACUCGAACAGCCCACCCUUCGACAAACCAAAAUGUGGCUACGACAACAUCUACUGCAAUGGCGAGGACAAGACUUUCAUCAUUGCAUCUGCCGCGUCCCUGGCGGUCAUCAUAUUCCUCGCUGCUUUCUUCAUGGUUGUUAGGUAG